AUGGUAUGGGGAUUUUCAUGGCUUUGGGGUAGCACACCCACCAAAAAGGAUACCAAAUCAGAAGAUACACAACCAGCACAUAACAAAUCCAUAAACAAUAUUCAUGAAACCAUUGCAACACUGGAAAAGAGAGAACAAUUAUUAGAAAAGAAAUGUUCAGAGGAAGAUUCCAAAGCAAGAGCCUUUUUACAAGAAGGAAACCGAACAGCAGCUGCUCAAUGUGUGAAAAAGAAGAAGCAAUACCAAACACAAUUAUCACGAAUUCAAGGUCAAAAACAAAAUCUUGAACAAACACUACUUGCAUUGGAAGAGGCUGUUAUUAAUGCUGAAACACUCAAGACACAAAAAGAAACCUCCGAUGCCAUCAAGAAGGUGUAUAAAGGAAUGACCGCUGAGGACAUUGAAAAUGUCAUGGAUGAUGUAAGAGAAACUUUGGAAGAUGCAAAUCAAAUAUCUGACGCGCUAGCUCAAAAUGUUGGAAAUGUUAUUGACGAAGGAGAUUUAUUGGACGAAUUAGAACAAAUGGAAGAUGCCAUUCACAAAGAAGAAAUGGAGGCCCUCCAAUUACCUGAAGAAAAGCCCACCUCGACGACGAAUGGUAGUAAGGUUGUUAAGAAGCCUGUUGCAGCCACCAAUAAGGAAGAUGAAGAAUUGGAGAAGGAGCUUGCUUCUCUCAUGGCAUAA